CGACUCGUUGCUACAAUUAGUCAAAAUGGCUGCUUCUUGAUGACAACAGCGUUUAGUGGUAACUUGUUGCCUUUUGACCAUCAGCAGCAUGUCUGACAAGGAGGAGGCUACUGGAGAUGCUGCUCCGGAAGGUGUUUCUCAACUACAAGCUGAACCGGGAGACUCUCAAACUGCUGUUGAAACUGAACAAGCAGAAACUGAACAAGCAGAAACUGAAAAAGAACCAGUGGAAGUGGAACAAACUGAAACAAUUGAAGCUGAACCAACUGAACAGACUGAAGCAGUGGAAGCUGGUCCAACUGAAACAGAGCAGACAGAACCCACAGAUACUGAACCAGGGCAGACUGAAUCGGCUACUACUGGACAAGUGGAAGCUGAACAAACAGAAACAGUGGAAACUGAACCAGCUGAACAAACUGAAACAGAGCAGACUGAACCAGCUGAACAAACUGAAACAAAGCAGACUGAACCAGCUGAACAAACUGAAACAGAGCAGACUGAAUCAACUACCGCUGAAACAGUGGAAACUGAACAAGUUGAACCAGUGCAGACUGGAUCAGCUGAAAUGGAAGGUGAACCGAUUGGUACUGAGGAACAAGCGGCUGAUGCAGGUACUACAGAAGAGCCAUCAGAAAGUGAGCAAGUAGAAGCAGCACCAGCAGAAACUCAACCAGUAGAACAAGCGGCUGAUGCUGAACCAGUAGAACAAGCGGCUGAUGCUGAACCAGUAAAACAAGCGGCUGAUGCUGAAACUGAACCAGUGGAACAAGUGGCUGAUGCUAAAUCUGAACCAGUGGAACAAGCAGCUGAUGCUAAACCUGAACCAGUGGAACAAGCGGCUGAUGCUAAACCUGAACCAGUGGAACAAGCGGCUGAUGCUAAACCUGAACCAGUGGAACAAGCAGUUGCUGGAGAUGCCCCACCAGGACCUGAAGUUGCUGCAGCUGGUGUGUCAGAGAAACCUGCCACACAGGAACCGGUAGUUGAAGGGGAGAAGAAGGAAGACUUGCCAGCCCAAAAGGAUAAGCCUGAGGUACAGCGUGAAUCAAAGCAUGUUGGUGACGACACUCCCAUGGAAAAAGAUAAAUAUGACAUACCAGCACUAGCAAUUUCCUCCGAGCAGAUGGUGGAGCGACCAGUCAGUCUGAGGGCUAAUGCUACAGUGAAGUUCGUGUUGAUGCCUAGUGGACAGGUGGUCACUUUGGCUUGCACUCUGGGACAGACUCUGAAACAGCUCAAGGAUCAUUUUGCCUCAGAACUGAAAAUGCCGUUCAGCCUUAUUCUGCUAAUGCAUGAUGGUAAAGGAAUGGCGGAUGACACGACUCUGGCCGAUCUGGGUGUAGGUCCAAACGGCACCGUCCAGCUGGAGCUGCAGUCAGCCGACCCAGUGAACAUGCCCAUCAAGGCGUACCGCCCACGGCAAGAGUACCACAUGCCCGACGUCAUCACGGUUCGGGUCCAGGCAGAAGAAGGUGACCUGCGUGAGGUGAUCGUGGAGAUUGAGAGGACGACGAGGAAGAAACCCUACCUGGGAGGUUACCGACACAAAGACACUGGGGUAGAGUUCCACAACGCCUCUGCUCAGACGAUGAAAAUACUCCGACCUCCGCCGCCGGUCGACCGGUACUGCCGUGACACGCAGACGAUGGAACAGUGGCACAGGCUGCAGCAGACGAGCAACGACAUGGCCACACAGAUGACCAAGAUCGGAGUCUACGUGUCGAACAUGCCCGACAAAUUGAUCAGUCCACGCAGAUACACCACGGCCGACGAACAUCUCGACAUGGUUCUUCAGAAGAUCAUCAUUUUACAAAAGUACUACAGAAGGUGGCUUGCCAAACGAAGGGUGCAGAAACUGCGAGACGACAAAAAGAAGAGGUUAGACUGGGAGAGGGAAGAAGAACUGAGGAAAAUCAAGGAGAAAGAAGACCGAAUUAAGCAGGAGUUUGCUAGGAGGAUGAACCCCAAGAACAAAGAUGAUUUUGAUCUUCUGUACCAUGCCUUGGAAAAGUGGCGGCUGGAGGAGAUCGAGCGGAUCAACAGCACGUUGACGGGGGCGGAACGCAAGGCGGCACUCUACAUGCUGCUGGACCAGGAAACUCAGCUGCUGGCCGCCAUCGACCGACACAAGCUGGAGGCUGACGACACCAACAAGAAACUCCGAAUACUGACCUUCCUCGACAAGGCGGCUGCCCCGAAGACGUGGAAAGGCCGAGAUGGUAGACCGACCCAAAUGGACACGCCAUAUACGAUCCGAGCACGGGAACUCAAAGACAUCUACAACAGCAUCAACAUGAAAUACCUCACACAGGACGAGAGACUGGAUGUGCUACUCACCCUCAAACACACCGUCACGGAACAUGACUGUAAGUUGACUCAAGAGAUCAUUGAGUUGAUUGACCGGGAGGCGGACCUGCUGAUGCGGGGCGUGAAGGAGGCGAACCUCGACGGAUUGCGCAGGAGAAUCUCCACGCUGUUCCUGCAGUACAUCCGCACUCCCACCUUCAACCCAGAGGCAGCCAAACUGCUCAAAGUUCCACAAGACCCAUCGACAUUACGGAAGAACAUCUACUUCUGUUCUGGCUGUAACAACUACCUGCCAUCAACAGAGUUCCCUCUGUCGUCGAACUCGCGAGUGGUGGGCAAGUGUCGUCAGUGCAACAAGAUCGACAAUGAUGGUCGUGUGCGCCAGGACUACAGCCACUACCGCUACAUGCUCAAGAUGCUGAGACUGUCCGAGGAGGCGUACGGAGAUCAGUCACAGAUCGCCUUCCUCUUACAGGAGAGUGAUCUGCGGUAUCUCGUAGAGAACAUCUGGAGCAGCCAGAGCACGCUGAGCGCGUGGGAUGAUAUCUUCGACCUGGUGCUGGUGCGGUGGGACAGCAACGAAGAGUGGUCUCCCUGGAACUGUAUCCUACUCACCAGAGAUGAGGCGUCUGCCCACGACAAACUUCACAGUUUGGAGGAGGGCUACGGUCAGGUGUUUAUACACAAGGUGAAGCAAAAACACACCUUGGCUAGGAACUAUUUCUCCCGUCUUCCUGGCAUGGCAGAACUAGUGCGACAGAAAGCCAGCCAGAAGGACACCGGGACGCGUGGACCGUCCGUAGCAGGGACGUCAGUGCCAGUACAACAGAAAGCAUAAAUUAUGUUGAUGGUCUUUAACAUAGGGGUCAGAAGUGGGGGGAGGGGGGAAGGAGGCAUUGCCUGAACUUUGAAGAUAAUACAUUGGCUCUCUGUUUGACAAGCAACUUAAUGCACUGCCUCCCCCUCCAACUUUGAAGAUAAUACAUUGGCCCUCUGUUUGACAAGCAAAUUAAGGCAUGUCCACCAUCCCCCCUCUCCAACUUUGAAGAUAAUACAUUGGCUCUUUAUUCAACAAGCAAAUUAAGGCAUUGCCGCCUCCUCCAACUUUGAAGAUAAUACAUUGGCUCUUUAUUCGACAAGAAAAUUAAUAUACAGAAGCCGUCCCCUCCCCCAGUUGCUGGUAUCUUCCAACGCCUCUGUUCAGUCUGAGGAAUUCAUACAUACCAACUGUCAGUGGUCCAACGAAAAUAUGGGAUAUGUAAAACAAAACAAACUGUGAAUUUGAAAAAAUAUUUGUAUGAUUCAUAUGACAUGUAUUAACAUGUUUUCCAUCUGCUCUCGGAAACAUUUCAAUUUUGAAGAUGAAUAGUAUUGAUGACUUGUUAGUGUAACAUCCAAUGACAUUGUCCCAAGAACCGUAACUCCUGGUGAAAUCGGGCAUUCUGUUUCUACCAACAGCACUGUAUCAGUUUGGUUUAGGCCUAUAUGUAGAUUUAACUGUACAUUAUAAAUUAAUGGGGGUAAUUUCACAGUUAUCUCCCCUUGAGUGUUUUUUGUUUUGUAAGAAUACGUUUUGUACUGUGUCGACAAUUUUGUCUGUUCUAAAUUAUUGUACUUUUAAAUGCCAUGACUUAUAAAAUAAUAACAUCUUGAGCAUGCUUCUCUUCAAUUGCCCUGUGCCAAAAAGUAAUUAAAUUAUGACAGUUAAAAAUUAGCACAAUUAAAUGAUAGGUGAGCCAGGUGAAAGGUUUGCAGGUGUAGCAGACUCAUCUUUUAGUACAAGUCAUUUCAGAUGACACAUUUAGGGUAUUAGUUUUCUUCCUGUAAAAUAUCUUUGUCGUUAAUAAUAGGCCUAUAUACAUAAGAACUCCUUCAUUCAUGACACAAAGUAAUUAUUUUAGACUGGUUAUUUUUUGUAAUGAAGCACUUAAAUGUGACAGCAAACAUCAGUACUCUGUUUCAGGGUAAGACUGUGGUUCGAAGUUAAGCAACUGUACAUAGGGAUCACACCGGCAUAUUCUCUAAGUUUUAUCUCAAUAAUUGGUUUAAUGUUUGAAGUAAAUAAAAUAUAUUGAACCAAUGACAGCCUGCCUUAUAGGAUGCAAUUUUUAUUUGCAUCGAGAUAUAUGUUGGAUGCAGUGAUGUAGUCCAUUCUGUCAGCUGUAAGAUUGAAUAAUGCAUAUUAGAGAAAACAUUUUAAUGUUUGUAGAUGUCAUUUUAUUCAUAUGCCCUUGAGUCAACAUUGAGCAAAGUUGGACCUAUUUGUAGCACUCUCCUGCUUGAAACAGGAGGAGAUAAUUAUCGUACAUAAUUCUAUUAUCUCAAUUAUAGGAGACCUUGUAUAUGGCAAACUAAGCUGCAUGCAUUGGUUACAUCGUAGUUUUAAAUAUAGCGUAUGCCAUACCAUGUAUGUAAAGCUUUAUCCAAAUAUACAUGCUGUAAAAAUAACUGACAUUCUGUUAAAUCGUAUGAUUUACUCGGCGAAUUGAGUGAAAUCUGGCUAAUUGAGCUUUCUGUGUGUAUAAUAGCACAUUUGAUUCCCAUUUCACUUUUUCUUUUAUUAUUGACACAUAAAUUAAAAAAAUUUACAAAAUAUUAAAACAUGCUUUUAAAAUUAAUACAUGCAUGCACUGGUAUAUUGUUUUAACCAAAUAAAAUAAAAUAAAAUUAGUACAGUCCAAAAUCAUGUUAUAUAUUUUUUCUCAGAUUGCACAGCUGUAAUCUAGUAAAUGAAAAAAGAAAUAAAAUGUAUUGAAAUCAAAUUAUUUUGUUCACCUAUGUAAAAACUGUGGUAUUUAUCUUCUCUGUUGAUUAUUUAUCUUCUCUGUUGAUUAUUUAUCUUGAAUGUCUGUGAUAUACUGUUUCCAGUCAGUUUAAUGUAUUUUAGUCCUCAUUUUCCUUUGUAUACGUGAAAGUAUUCAGUUAUCUUGUUGAACAUGAUGGUUGGUGUAUGUAUACAUGUAUCAGUAUAUUUACUGAGUCAGUAUAAAUUUGUUUUGGUAACGUUGACCACCUGAGCAUAUAGUAAUGUGUGUUUUAAGUGAUAUUUUAUAUGUGUAAAUUUUGUUAAAUAAUAAACAAUUUAAGUACUG